AUGGGCGCUGGCUCUGUCGGGCCUGGCGGUACAGGGUAUGGGACGGGCAACUACCAUGCGCAACCUCAUUACCAUUUUCAUGGAACCGGCACUGGCCGUGGACGGGGUCGUGGACGAGGUCGUGGAGGUGCCGCCUCCAGCAGUCGACCAGAGCUAAUUCCCCUUCAGCAGAGGACCUCCAUUGACUACGCCGCCCGAUGGGACCAGACGGUAUCCAGAGCAUUGACAUCCAUCCGGGACCUUCUACCUUCCCCAUGCUCAGAAACCCCUGAAAUCUACGACCUUCUUCCCCACCCUUCCCUCUCUGCGCUCAUUCUCAUGUCCUACGUCCCGACAGUUUUGGCUCAACUAUUACGGAACGACUCAGUCACGGACUGGAUAGCCAGAAGCCAUGUCUAUCACGCUAUGCUCUCUUUACUUCGCCGCAUGUCUGACUCGGAACUCAUCAUUCGGGUUCUGGUCGGGAGCCGGUACGAAAUCUCUCAAAGCCCGGGGUUGGGAGCUUGGAUGAGGGAUGAAGGCGAGAUCGUUUGGCAACGAGACUCCACAGGCGCCAUCGAACUCGCACCGCCGUUACUAGAACAUUUCAAAAAGUUGACGAAACAAAGCGAGACAUUCCUACAGGCAGCAUCGCAACAACUGGGAGACGACGGCGGGGGCGAUGAAGAAGGGGGUUUAAUUGACGGUUUAUCCUUAUGUGGAGACAUCAUUGCUGGAAGGGAUGACAUCGCCCGCGCGAUGGGAAUCAUAGGUUCCUUUGGAUCUUCGGAAGGCGAUGAAGAUGUCGAUGUCGAUGUGCCACAAGCCACCAACUCCAAUGGUGUCACGACACGAGGACGCGGCAAAGGCAAGGGAAAGGGAAAACAGAAAGCGCCACCAAACACAGAAGCCUUCGAUGUCGAGAAGGGAUACAUCUCUGCAUGCGAGAAGUUGGCGUUCGAACAUACCGCUUUGGGUACAGAUGGACCUGAUGGACUGGUCUAUGCGAAUUACAACUACUUUGGCCAGCUCAAGGCUACUCAGAAUCAAACCCGAAUUCCAAAGGAUAGACUUCACCUCGCGAAGGAAUUGGCUGUCAUGGCCACAAGUCUUCCCCCUGGCAUUUGGGUCAGGGUAGAUGAGGUUCGAAACGAUGCUAUCAAGGUCAUGAUUGCAGGACCUCAAGGUACUCCCUAUGCCGGGGGGCUCUUCGAAUUCGAUGUCUUCAUGCCAUUGCAGUAUCCCAACUCUCCUCCGUUGGUUCAUCUCAGAACCACUGGACGUGGAACCGUCAGAUUCAACCCCAAUCUCUACCAAUGUGGAAAGGUUUGUCUGUCCCUUCUUGGGACAUGGCCCGGAAGCCCAGAAGAACAAUGGACGAACAAGUCGACGUUGCUCCAAGUUCUCGUUAGUAUUCAAAGCAUGAUUUUAAACGAAGCUCCUUAUUUCAAUGAGUACGUUAUCAUUGGUUCUUGUUCUCAGCUUCCCAUGCUUGUUGGUGGGUGGAUUUACAACUGCCUUCCCCGAAUGUCGAUCCAAGCUGCGCUAUCAGAUAUGCUCGUUCCAUCCCGUGAAGAAUCGAAGGCUGAUUUCAUUUUAUUUGCGUAG